GUUUUGUUGGCUAAAUUACAAAAGCAUUGCACGCGUAAAUAUUAGGCUUUAUAUGCAAAUGUCCCGCAUCAGAAAUUUGUUUCGGUUUCAUUAUGAACAUUUCAUGUUACACCUGCUCAACAUCAUCAAAUCAUUUAAAGCGAAGUAGAAGUUGGACAUCACUGACAUUGUGCCAGCGAACCCGAAGCAGCAUCAAGAGCAGAAAUCAGCCAAACGGACGCAUAGUCAGAGAACCGCUGAGUCGAGGAAACAGCUGAAUGAUGAGUGCUGCUCAGAGUCCGACAACACUGGAGUCCAGACUGAAGGCCCUGCAGUGCCACUUCACCUGGGAUCUGGACCCUAACAGGUUCAAACUUUUCCGACUCAGGGACAAGCUGGAGGACAUCGCCCCCAAGGAGGGAAACAGCUGGCUGGGUCACAUUCACAACCUGCAGGGGUUCAUUCAGUACAAGCUGGGGUUCACCGAAGACGCCCAGAGUUUGUUCAGCAGGGCUGCAGAGGCCUUCCGCCAGAUGAGAAACACAGAUGAGGGCCCCUGGUUAGUGGUGAACUACGGGAACCUGGCUUGGCUGCACCACCACCUGGGAGAACAAGCAGAGAGUCAGGCUUACCUGUCGAAGGUCGACGCCCUGAUGAAUAAAUACCCAUCUCCAUCCCAGGACGAGCUCCAUCCGGAGAUCUACACGGAAAAAGCCUGGACCCUGAUGAAGUUCAGCGCAGACAAAAAGCUGCUGGCUGCAGAUUACUUCGAGAGAGCCAUCAGGAUGCAGCCAGACAUGGUGGAGUGGCGUACCAGCCAUAUGUUAGCAUUAGCCAGUCCCUUUAAUUAUAGCAACAAAGAGCUGGAGGAUAACAUCUUGGAGAAAAUGAGAAUCGCCAAAGAACAGGAUCCAGAGAGCUUGUACCUCGCCGUUCACUACCUUGAGCAAUGUGCUAAGAAAGGAAAACUAAUCGAAGAUGAAGCGCGUGAGUUAGGCAGAAAGGUUUUGAGAAAUCCCGUCAGCAGCUACAGCGGUAUGAAAGCAUUACUAUGGGUUUACAGGGACUAUGUAUCUGUUGAUGAGGCCAUUGAUUUGGCAGAGGAGGCUCUGGAAAACCAUCCAGAUGUACGUUAUGUAAAGACAUGUGCUGCACUCUGCUACAAAUGGAAGAUCAUUUUUUUCAGGGAAAGUCGCCCAAAACAAAGCGUGAUAGACAGAGCAAUCAGUCUCCAUGAGGAGGUGAUUUCUCUUUACCCUCAUUCUUCAUUUGUGAAGAAAAUAGACCUCGCAAAUAUAUACGCAAGGUCAAAUCUGGCUAAAGCUGAGGCGAUAUACCAGGAACUGCUAGAAAGUGACCUGGAACCUGCAGACAAACAGAUGCUUUACAACAACUAUGCAAAAUAUUUAAACCUCUAUCGGCAGGAUUGGUCAAUAACAUAUCACAUGAAGGCGGCUGAGAUACCGCACAAAUCCUUCUUUCGUGAGAACAGCAUCAGAGUUCUGGAGAAGAUUAAAGACAGAGGCUGGAACCGAAUGUGUAGAGAAAUAGAGGAGUUUCUGGCGAACCUGCAAGAGCCAUAGAGUUUUUAACAGAACUGGUUCUAAAUCCAGAAAGAUAUGUAGGUAUCCCCUUACCUAAAAAAAUCUUUACUUACUCAUUAAUUUGAUUACAUACACAUUAGGAAAACUUGUGGAAAAGAUUUGUGGAAAUUAUGGAAAAGAUUACUUCUUAAAAUAAAAUAAAAAUGGAAGUGAGAAACUUACAGUGAAGACCCACUGAUCGCAGUGACAUUAAGUCAAGUUUGGCCCAGAUUUACUUCACCCUGCAAGUGAAUCCUCUGAGGGUGAUUUCGUUGAAACUAACUAUACAUUUGCACCGAGAAACUGUCAGCAGUAGUGUACUCGAUCUGUAUGAAACAGUCUGAAUCAUUCAGUAACACUGGCGUGGUCCUUUAAAUAACAUCCACUGUGGACAUGUUCAAAUGUCAUUACAUAAUUCAGUAAAUUACAUUAUUAGUUCAAAUAGAUUUUGAUCAGAUGUUCCUUUUCUUAACUUACAUGUAACUGUGGUGUUUACUAUAUUCCUGCUGUGUUUAUUAUUUUCCUUAGCACUGUAUUUUAGGUUUGUAUGAGAACAUUAUAUACUCUGUAUGAAAUUUGCUUUGCUGUAAGCUUUGGAGUGGUGACAUAUAAAACUCUCUGAUUGGUAAUGUAAUAGUUACUUUGAUGUAUAACCUGAAUAUUAUCGCCAGAUUCAACUGAUUGUAUUCUUAGAAAGUAUGUUGAGCUGUGUCUCAGUUGUACACAAUACUAAUACUAUUAAAUAUACAUGAUGUACACUAAAAA